AUGGCGGAAAUGCAACAGUCAGUCGUCAGUGACAGUGACGCACGUCAACAAAUCUCAAACCAAGUCGUUCAGUGGGAAGAAAAUCUGGAAAGACUUCACUGCGAACAGUUCAGACUGCGUUGUUAUAUGGCCAGUUUGCAGAGUGGUGAACUACCUAAUCCAAAAUCCCUGCUGACGCACGUGUCUCGAGCAACGAAAAACACAUUGAACAAACUGGGCGUCUUCACAGUAUCAUCAUUCCAUGCCUUUAUCUGUGCCAGGAGUCCUUCGCUAUUGAACAACUUGCUGGCUGGCCGGGGAGCUACGAAGAGGAGACCACCUAUGUUGUCGAGGUCGAAUAGCGGAUCCAGUAGGAGAUCGUUGCAAAUUAAUUCUCGUGACGAAUCAGAGAAAACGGUCAAGGUGUCACUUCCAGACAAUGUGGUCGCCACAGUCUACGUGAGGGAUUCAAUGUCCGUCGAAGAAUUCUUGGCGAGUGCGUGCGCCAGGAAGAACCUCAACUCCACAGAACAUUUCAUACGCGUAAAGAAGAGGAAAGAACUGGAAGAUCACAAUUAUUACGUGCCCCAUCGAAGCGAUUUAAUAGAGACCUACCUCCACACGCACGAAGUCGUUGAAGUUUGUGCGAAAAUACUAUACCAAGUUGAACUAUCAAGAAGUACCUUAGAACAAAUGUGGGGUUUUAGUGUAGAAGCAGAACUAGUAGAAAACGCCGAUCGACAAGACGAACUAUGCUGUUACGUCAGCCGUGUUGAAGAUAAAAGUGUUGCCAUGCAAAACGGAAUCAUCAAGAGCGAUGAAAUAAUGGUAAUCAACGGCGCCAUAGUAUCCGAUCUGGACAUGAUGUACUUGGAAAGCGUACUACAAGAAGAACUGGCGCUGUGCAUGAUGAUGCGAUCUUCUAGAGUCGAACCACCCGACCUGGCGGGCAUAAUGAGGGCUACUGACGACAUAAUCGACAGUUUGGUCUGCCCGCCACCGCCUUCAGAACCUCCGGUUUUCAGCGAGGAAAUGAUCUCUGGGCUCAUCGUACCAGCACCAGGUAAAGACCGAUACUCGACGGAAUCAGAGAAUCCACCGUCUUCGAUGACGGACUCUGGUAUUAAAGUCAGUUCAAGGACCAACUCUUUCGAAAUAGAGAAUUUGCUCAAAUCCGCCGAACAGGUAACCGGGUUUUGUCGGUCGCCGGUUGAAUCGAGGAAAGUGACCAGCCCUACCGGUAGUAUAGUUAGUAACACAUCUCAGGCUGGUCUGACGCCUUCCAGACAACUUUCUGAUGCGGAAAAGCUUAGGAAGGUCAUUCUGGAGCUGGUGGAUACCGAAAAAUCCUAUGUUAAGCAUUUAAAUAACCUAUUAGAAAACUAUCUAGAACCACUAAAAAAGGAAACGUUCCUAUCAAACGCCGAGAUCAACGCUCUCUUUGGUAACAUACAGGAGAUUGUGACUUUCCAGAGGCAGUUUUUGAAUAAUCUAGAGGAAGCCAUUGAUGUUGAACCAGAUUUCUAUCGGUUGGACUACUGUAGCCAAUUUAAGAACGUAUUAUUCGCCAUAGGUAGCUCUUUUCUAUCAUACGUAAACCAUUUUAAACUCUACAGUUCAUUCUGCGCCAGCCAUAGCAAAGCACAAAAGGUCCUUCAUCCCAAUGAGGGCAACCAAGCUCUCCAGGAAUUUUUGGCUGCUAGAAAUCCUAAACAACAACAUUCUUCCACCUUAGAAUCCUAUCUCAUUAAACCAAUCCAAAGGAUACUGAAGUAUCCUCUGUUGCUACAGCAACUUAGGAACCUGACUGACCCAAUUAGCGACGAACAUCAACAUUUAUUAGAGGCCUUAAAAGGAAUGGAAAAAGUGGCGGAACAUAUUAACGAAAUGCAAAGAAUACACGAAGAAUAUGGAGCUAUUUUUGACCAUCUAUUUAGGCAACACCAAAAAUCUUGUAAACAGAACAUAGAUUUGAGUCCGGGUGAUCUUCUAUACUAUGGAGGCGUAGAAUGGCUAAACAUUUCUGACUUCUUGGGGAAAAUUAAAAAAGGACUUGAACUACAUGCUAUGUGCUUUGUCUUUAAGACUGCUGUCGUCUUCCUAUGUAAAGAACGAUUAAGGCAAAAAAAGAAGCUUAUGGGAGUGGCUAAUAAAAACGCAUCGUCAGAAGUGGAAAUAAUUAGGUAUCAAGUGCUGAUCCCGGUGACGGAAGUUCAAGUCCGCGCCUCCUCAUCCAAAGACAUGGAUUCGCAUUUCCUAUGGGAAUUGAUCCACUUACGAAGUCAAUUACAGAGGAGAUCAGAGAAGGUCUACGUUCUUUCUAAUAGUACGGCUGAAUUCCGCAACGCUUUCCUAAAAACCAUCAGACAAAUCAUCAGGGAAUCCGUCAGGAACAUGUCGAUACCGCAAACUAAACCCGGCGCCGGUCCCGGAAUCAUCCUAGUAACGGGCCACAAAACCAGCGGCCACCUGAACAGUCAAACCUUAGAGAGGCCGGACAGGCAGAGGACCGUCAUCGUACACGCCGGUUCUCAUACGAUGGGAAAGAAAAAAGGAAAAACCUCACAAAGGCAUUCGGCCGGUAAUAUAGACUAUGAUAAUAUCAGCACGGAAGCUGAGGAACAACCUGUUUCGACUUUCAGAUGUAGGAGUAAGACUGUCGGGGAUCAAGCAGAACAGCAAAAAAGACCUGACCAUCAUCACCAACAUGAAAGACACGAAAAAAUUGAAGGUGGCGCUAAAUCGGAAGGAGAAGACGACUCCCAAACCGGAAUGGUGAAACCUAAAGCUUCUUUGGGCAAAACACCAAACCAUUUAACUCUCAGUACGACGUCGACGUUGUCAGCAGGAAGCACAGGCAGUCAGGCGCGCCUGAUACAGUCCUCGCACGCGCCAGAAAACUUCCAUCCCAUGGAGAUCGAAGAUCUAGGUAAGCCAAACGUAAAAACCGUAAAGGCCGAAGUCCACAUAGUCAAAUCUAGAUCGCCGCAAAGGCAAAGCAGCGAUCCCAAAAAGGACAUCCACAAAAACGGCGGCAUAAUAAAGAAAGACCCAAGUCCGAACCACUCCAGAAAAUCCACUCCCAAUCAUUCCAGAAAAUCCAGCCCGAUCCAAUCUCGAAAAGGCAGUCCCAACAAGAAGCGAUCGGACAGCGUCAGUCCGAGAGGCUCGAGGAAGUCCAGUCCUAAAAGUUUGAGGAGAUCGCGCGACAACAGUCCCAAAACGGAAAACGGUGUUAAAAGUCCUAAAAAAAUUAAGUCUUCCCUUAAGCAACCGACUAAAUCUCUUAGUAUCGAAGCUCCGACUUGCGUGGAGUGCUAUCUAUCUGGAAAAUCGGAAAAGCCUGGAUAG